UACUUCAAGCCUUCAAUACGCCAUUACGCAAUAUUGUAUCGUUCGUCUGCAAACUGCAAAGCUAACAGGUUGUCAGUGAAGUCGCCUUUGUAUCUUGUUAUCGUUUUCUUCCUACUCAACACUCGUCAGUUCCUAAAACUUGAAGGUUUUCUAGUCCUUGAUGUUUUUUCUCUACUUGUGUCGUUCCUUUGAGGAUGGCGUCUUUGGCUGAGGAAGUUUCUAUUCUUUUGAGGUGCAGCUCGCAAGAGUUGAAGCAACACCUUACCUCCAAGGGCUACGACCAUUCCACAGCCACCACAUUUUUGGAACAGGAAAUUGACGGAGAAACGUUUUUGGGCUUGACAGCCGCAAAUUUAGGCGAAAUCGGUCUUAAAUUUGGCCCAAAGUUGAAGCUGACCGCGUACAUUGCCAGGCUUAAAGAAGCUCAGCCCGAAACAUCCCCAGUCGAAAGUUUGAAGAAUGGAUGUCCUACAGAAGAGAAAGAUAUGGAAAAUCAAAAUUUGGUCAAUGAAAUUGUCUCAGCCAUUGACGGUGGUGAAAUAAAUGAUUGGGAAGUUGUGAUUCGCGAAUUUCAUACAGAAGAUGCCGACAACUCAACUAGUUCUAGCUCAACAAAUAGUGGUACAUCUGCCGGUUCCAUCUCAACAAGCGGUGUCACACCAAGCGGUACAAAUUCAACGAACAGUACUGUAACAAACGAUCCUACACCGACAAAUGGCGCUACUUCAGAAGCGGAAAUAGGCAAGAUUGAUGUUAUUAAACUUCUUCAACAAUCCGCAAAAGGGAAAGAAAUUCUCGAAAAUUUCAACGAAAGAGAGAAGCCUUUUCUUAAGGAUUGCGAAAGAGAAGAGAUAACUCGGAUUGUUGUUGCAGACGUCCUUUCCAAAAUAGGCCAUUUGUAUCCUUCUACAGACACUAAGGAACAUAUGGGCGCUAGUAUUACUAAUGCAUUCACCUGUCUUAAGAUAAAUCGGCCUGGCGUGUCAAAUUACUGUCAUUUCUACAACAGAAAAACAGGAGGGUUUAUAGAUACUAGGCUAAAGACACUUCGGAGAUCUCAAUCACCAUCUAAAAGAAAGCGCUGUUCAACAAAAAAGCCAGAAAAAGGAGAAGAUAAGGGAUCAAAACGGAAAAAUGACGCGAUUGCCACAGUCCUUGAUGAAUCAACGAUGUUCAAAAUUCGUUGGCUGCAAUCGCACCCAUCAAUCCCACAAAACCGAACUCAGAUACUUCAGUACAUGAAUGAAACCUUUGAGUGCCGUCAGGCAAUGAUAGAAACUGAUCUUAAAUCUGCCACUCUUGUUUUGGAAAAGUUUCCACGUUUCACUGACUUUGAUCACGGAUUUCUGAUAAUCAACGAAUUUCUUACUAAAUAUCCCUCCAGUGGAGCAUUUGAAGACAACUUUUUGUUGAAACUCAGUAGUAAAAUUCGAGAGGUGGCCAUCAUUGAAAAAAUAACAGUUCCAGUCAAAUGCUCUGAUGAUUGCUUGACGUCUCUAAUGCAAUGUUUGUUGCUGUUUCCUGCUAUACGUAGAAUAAGAAGAGAGAGUCAAACGAUUUUGUUGGAGCGAUUUGUCAUAAUCCGAAAUGAAAACUUCAGUGUAGAAGACUUUGCCCGAAAUGAACGUGAUGACCAUCUGAGGCAGCCUUUUAUUCUAUGCCUUCAAAGUAGCAUCUCGCACCAGCCAACUUCGUUUUUAAUUAUUGUUGAUCACGCGUUCAUUCCAUGCGGUGAGAAGUCAGCUAAUGCAUUCAAAGUUUUAUUUGCCUCUUUUUAUGUUUUCAAUGUUCAAUGGCCAAGUUAUAUUGCGCCAUUUUAUAAAUUUUUUGAAGACAUCAUUUUUUGCAUCAAAGACGCAAUUACCCCGUCGACUGAUGCUUUCAUGUCAAAGUUGGAUGCGAUUAUUUAAGCAAUGUAUUGAUUGAUCUGUUUGUAUUGUUAUUUUUCUAUCUCAUGUUUUCUUUUUCUUUUUGUUGGCCAACAUUCUUUAUCUCAUCUGUUUCUUACUGCCGUAUAUAACUUUUACUUACUCUUAUUGCUUAUUAUUCGGCUAGUAGCCCGCUAAUUGGACGUGACAAUACAGAUCGAAAAACCCA